UUGUAUCUAUAAAUGGCCACUCCCUUUUCCUUUUUAUCGACUCUGCAACAACCGGCUUGGCAGCGAUGAAGUUGCCGCUUUUUAUGAUUCCUCUGAUCGCUGCUUGUUUUUUUGUCAUUUUGGGUCCGCCGUUCUUGUCGGACUGGGUCACUUUCCUUGAUCGAUAUGCUUCAUUCCGGAGCUCUCUUUCUUCUUCCUCCUCAGAAAUGAAUUCUCAUUCAAAUGUCACGGCGGCGAUACCGGUGCCGGUGAUGGUGGAUAGUCAAACAGUGGAACAACAACAACAACAACGCCAACCUCUGUUUAACCACUCUGUUUCAAAUCACUCUGUUCUUGCUUCUUCUUCUCCACCGCCACCACCGAUCGACGAAAUGCAGAUUCUUCCACCGAAUAGGACGAGAGUCCACGAAGAGUUGCUAGAAACCGCCAUUAAUGAAGUGAUCAAGAGAGCUUCUGCUGGAAGUAAUUAUGAACCGGCGGCGAAAGCCAGAAAACAGAAGAGACAUACAAAAUUGGAGAGAAUCGAAGCGGGGCUAAGAGGAGCAAGAGCCGCCAUUAGAGAAGCCAUGUUCCAAAACCAAACACAAGAUGCCGACUUCGUUCCCUCUGGCCCAAUGUAUUGGAAUGCCAAAGCUUUUCACAGGAGUUACCAAGAAAUGGAGAAGGAGCUGAAGAUCUUUGUGUACGAAGAAGGAGAGCCUCCCCUGUUUCACCACGGCCCCUGCAAGAACAUUUACUCAACGGAAGGGAAUUUCAUCCAUGCCAUCGAGAUGGACUCCCGGUUUCGAACCAACGACCCCAACAAAGCCCAUGUCUUCUUCCUUCCUCUGAGUGUUGUCAUGCUCGUUCGGUUCGUCUAUGUUCACGACUCCCAUGACUUCACUCCACUACGACGCACCGUCGCUGAUUAUGUCAAUGUCAUCGGAACCAAAUAUCCAUUCUGGAACCGCACCCUCGGCGCUGAUCAUUUCAUGCUCUCCUGCCACGAUUGGGGUCCGGAAGUAUCAAAAUCAGAACCCCAUUUGUACAAGAACUCCAUUCGGGUACUGUGCAACGCCAACACAUCGGAAGGCUUCAACCCAUCAAAGGACGUAUCACUCCCGGAAAUCAAUCUGCAAACGGGUGUGUUGACAGGAUUUCUAGGCGGCCCAUCUCCCUCGCGCCGCCCAAUUCUGGGUUUCUUCGCCGGCGGACUUCACGGCCCAAUAAGGCCCAUUCUAAUACAGCAAUGGGAGAACAAGGACCAGGAUAUUCGAGUCCACCAGUACCUCCCGGAAGGGGUCUCUUACAUUGAGAUGAUGAGGAAGAGCAGGUUCUGCCUCUGCCCCAGCGGCUACGAAGUCGCCAGUCCCAGAAUCGUGGAGGCCAUUUACACCGGCUGCAUUCCGGUCCUCAUUUCCGAUCACUACGUCCCGCCGUUCAGCGACGUCCUCAAUUGGAAAUCUUUCUCCGUCGAAGUCUCGGUCGACGACAUUCCGAACUUGAAGAAGAUCCUGGCCGGAAUAUCGACGCGGCAGUACCUGAGAAUGUACCGGAGAGUGGUCAACGUUAGGAGACACUUCGUAGUCAACUCUCCGCCGAAGAGAUUCGAUGUUUACCAUAUGAUCCUUCAUUCUGUGUGGCUUAGAAGACUCAAUCUUGGACUACGGGAUCAUUGACCGUUAAUUUUUGGGUUAUAAUUUGAAUUUGUACACGUAUUUACAUGUUUUUUUCCUUUAAAUUUUUUUAGAUUUAUGGAUUAACUAAUUUGAUUA